UUUAUUUUGUGUUAAAAAAUUGGAGUGAAAAAAAAAUGUUUUCAAUUUUUUUACACGAACUGUGUGUGGCCUGAUUAAAUUAUCAAAUAAUGAAGACGGACAAUAUUUUGAAUAAAAAAUUAUAAAGAAUGGACAAUAUAUUGAAUAGGUUAUCACUUUAAUCAAAUUAUUACGUCUUAAUUUAAAAUUAACUUUAAUACAUAUUAAUUACUGCACAUCGACUUAAUUCAAACAAAACCCAUCAAUCUUUCAAAUUAAAAUUUUUAAUUAUUUCUUAAAAAAAAAAUUUAAGUAAAAAAAAAAGAGUUAAAUUUAAUUAAAAAAAGUUCAAUCAAGAUCUGAAAUAGAAGAAAGGAAAUCAAACAAAGAUGGAUUACAACGACACUCUGUACCCCCGCAUAGGACUUCGGUCCCCAAACCUCACGAACACCACAGUGAGUCUCCAAGAAAAUUUUGAAAUCGACUUGGAAGACACCAACUGGAUUUUGACGAACUCUUUCAUCAUCUUUACCAUGCAGACUGGUUUCGGAAUGUUGGAGUCGGGCUGCGUGUCCAUAAAAAACGAGGCUAACAUCAUGAUGAAGAACUUAGCUGACAUCUCUCUUGGUGGAUUAACCUACUGGAUCUUCGGGUACGGCAUGUCCUUCGGUCAGGGCGCGUACUCCAACUCCUUCAUUGGGCUGGGGGACUUCCUAGUGGACCCUCCGGUGGGAGACGCCCUCAUGGGGCCCGUGCUAGCUUCCUUCCUGUUCCAACUGUCGUUUGCAACCACUGCCACUACCAUUGUCAGUGGGGCGAUGGCUGAGAGAUGCAAUUUCAAAGCGUACUGCCUCUUCUCUUUUCUGAAUACCAUCGUUUACUGUGUGCCCGCGGGCUGGGUGUGGGGUUCUCAUGGGUUCCUCAACAAAAUGGGCGCGGUCGACAUCGCCGGCUCGGGUCCCGUACAUCUGAUAGGUGGGUCAUCAGCCUUCGCCUCAGCUUUGAUGCUUGGCCCACGUCUGGGAAGGUACGAGAAAGGUUUAGCGCCUCUUCCCCUGGGCAACCCCGUCAAUGCAGUCAUGGGCACCUUCGUGCUGUGGUGGGGAUGGCUGGCGUUUAAUUCUGGAAGUACUUAUGGGGUGAGUGGCGCAAAAUGGCAGUACGCAGCGAGAGCUGCCGUCAUGACCAUGAUGGGGUCUUUCGGGGGAGGAUGUUUUGGUUUGCUAUUCACGAUGAUAAAAAACAAAGGUAGAGCUGAAGUUAUGGAUCUCAUCAACAGUGUCUUAGGAUCUUUGGUGUCUAUAACAGCGGGAUGUUUCCUGUACCGAGCGUGGGAGGCGCUAGUUAUUGGUGUUAUAGGGGCGGCUAUAGCCUGUAUCGCAGGCCCCCUGUUCGACCGGAUCAAGGUCGACGACCCCGUGGGGGCCUCAGCUGUUCAUGGGGCCUGCGGGUUUUGGGGAGUGAUCGCUGUGGGUCUCUUUGCCGACAACCCAAUUCCUAUGGACACAACCAACGGAAGAUCUGGACUUUUUAAAGGUGGUGGCUGGUACCUCCUAGGCGUUCAGGCGUUAACAGCCAUCUGCCUGAUGACGUGGGCCUCCCUCGUGACCAUGGCACUGCUGUGGCUCAUCGACAAGAUUAUGCCCAUUAGGAUGGACCCUUAUGAAGAGUUAUUGGGCGCUGACUUGACUGAGCACAGGAUUAGACAUGGUCAAGUGGGAGUAUCGCGCGCAGUCUCAGCGCUACGUCCGUACCACCGCAGCAACAGCAUCGAAGAAGUCGACGGCAUUGGAGUGAAUACGGGACACGGCGUUAUAUUGGAGAAACUCAAUGAUCUCAAAAACAAGAAAGCGAAGGAUGGUAACCUAAAAAUGUUCACAAACAAAGCAUUCGAAGACGACCACGGUCAGACAAUGACAAGAAAAAAGGGUAUUUUGAAUCGAGCCAGCAACCCCGCGAACGAUCUCCACCGCGCUCUAGACUCUAUGGUACUAGAGAUGAACGGCGCGAAAUUGAAAAAUAGAACAAGCGGGGAAUGUUCCAGAACGCAAGUCAUACCUGAAGAGAUUAAAGGGAAAAAGUUGAAAGAAUUGACGGUAGAAGAAUUGGAGGAUGUAGAAGAAAUAAAUGCGAAUAUGGAUAGAUUCAGACAUAGAUUUGGCGAGGAAGAUUAUAAAAAAGAUGUGUUGCGCGCUAAUAGUAAUAUAAGAUGGAUUGAUUAGGCUACAUAUAGGAUAAUUAUUGAUAUUUUUCUAAAUAACACUAUGACAUUAAGAUUUUUUUCCUAAAGAUACACAUAUCACGUCCUAAGCAAGAGAAGGGAAGCAAAAAUGGCAUAAACAAGACAUCCGCCCGCGUAGUAUGUCACGCGCGACGCUGUUUUUUUGCGCGAAAAACUAUUGCGGUCCUGUUUCACGUCAUAAUAAAAAGCGAAACAGCGACAGCUUUUCACGCAAUUAUAAACACGUACAGGAAAUUUGCAUUCGUCGAUUAUGCAUGAAAAGAGUAAUAAGUGUAGAAGAAGCGAGAGGUCUGUAAGGAUCGUAGCAAGUGGACAUCAGUAGUCUUUGCCUACCCCAAUGGGAGACAGGCGUGAUGGUAUGUGAUGUAACAUGAUUCGAAACGUCCGUGAUAAAAUAAAGGUGUGUUGCGCGUUUAACACCUGUAUUAUUUGUUAAUAGUAUAAUACAACACGUAAGUUUAAAAUCAAUGUUUUUGGGUAGGGUCGUCCAAUUAAUAUAACGAUAACCGAACCCUAACAAAACAAGCCGUAAAAGCAGAAUCAU